CGCACCCCUCAGCCCCUACACUCUGCCUUUCCCUUGCGCUGAUUGUCACACAUUGUUUACUACGGCUUGAAAUGUGACUCACAACAGAGACUUUCUUCUGGAGUACCGCUCUGACAACCGAGGGAUUCUUUUGACGCGCACCGUGCGUCUUGGUUAUUUGGGGACAGGCUGUGGAGACUACCCUUCUGCCAUGACAGUGGAUUUGUUAGCGCUUAUAUGCGUGCUGGUCACCACAUCCUCUGCAAUGGAAGAGACUUUGAUGGACACUCGGGUGGCCACAGCAGAACUGGGCUGGACAGCAUACCCUAACUCUGGGUGGGAGGAAGUGAGUGGCUAUGAUGAAAACCUCAACACCAUCAGGACCUACCAGGUGUGCAAUGUCUUCGAGCCCAGUCAAAAUAACUGGCUUCUCACCACCUUCAUUGAUCGCCGUGGAGCACAACGUAUCUAUGUAGAAAUACGAUUCACUGUGCGCGACUGCAGCUCCAUUCCAAACGUCCCCGGUUCCUGCAAGGAGACGUUUAAUCUGUACUACUAUGAAACAGAUGCUGUCAUUGCCACUAAAGGCACAGCCUUCUGGAUGGAGGCCCCUUACCUCAAGGUGGACACCAUUGCUGCAGACGAGAGCUUCUCACAGGUGGACUUUGGUGGGCGUCUGAUGAAGGUCAACACAGAGGUGCGCAGCUUUGGUCCGCUGUCCAAAAAUGGCUUCUACUUGGCAUUUCAGGACUAUGGGGCCUGCAUGUCUCUGCUGUCAGUCAGGGUGUUUUAUAAGAAGUGUCCAAGUGUGGUUCAGAACUUUGCAAUCUUUCCAGAGACCUUGACAGGGGCUGAAAGCACCUCUCUUGUCAUUGCAAGAGGGACAUGCAUCCCCAAUUCAGAGGAGGUGGAUGUCCCUAUAAAGCUCUACUGCAACGGAGACGGAGAGUGGAUGGUUCCUAUUGGAAGCUGCACAUGCAAAGCUGGGUUUGAGCCUGACAAUGGCAACGUCUGCCGAGCAUGUCCACCAGGCACCUUCAAGUCAACUCAAGGUGCAGGUCUUUGUCUGCAGUGUCCUUCCAACAGCCGUUCUACAUCUGAGGCAGCCACUGUCUGCGUGUGCCGAAAUGGCUACUACCGUGGGGAUGCUGAUCAGCCAGAUGAACCCUGCACCAGUGUUCCAUCCAGCCCAAGAAAUGUGAUCUCCAUUGUGAACGAGACCUCAGUGAUCCUGGAGUGGCAUGCUCCCAGGGAGACGGGUGGUCGAGACGAUGUUGUCUACAACAUAGUGUGCAAGAAGUGCCGAGCCGACAGACGUACCUGCUCCCACUGUGAUGAUAAUGUGGAUUUUGUUCCUCGACAGCUGGGUCUGACUGAGACCAGGGUCUUCAUCAGCAACCUGUGGGCUCACACCCUCUACAGCUUUGAGAUACAGGCUGUUAACGGUGUCAGCAAUAAGAGCCCAUACCCAGCACAGCAUGUUACCAUAAACAUCACCACCAACCAGGCUGCUCCAUCAAUAGUUCCCAUCAUGCACCAAAUCAGCUCCAGCAUGAACAGCUUCACACUAUCAUGGCCUCAACCAGAACAGCCCAAUGGGAUCAUCCUUGACUAUGAGCUGCGCUACUAUGAGAAGGACCAUGCUGAGAUCAACUCAACCAUCCUGCGCAGCCAAACUAAUACAGCACGUGUGGAGGCCCUCAGGCCGGGUACGGUCUACGUGGUACAGGUGCGGGCACGGACUGUGGCUGGCUUUGGCAAGUACAGCAGCAAGAUGUGCUUCCAAACCCUCACAGAUGAUGACUUUAAGUCUGAGCUGAGGGAACAGCUUCCUCUGAUUGCGGGGUCAGCAGCAGCCGGAGUGGUCUUCAUUGUUUCCCUUAUUGCCAUCUCAAUUGUAUGCAGCAGGAAAAGAGCAUACACCAAGGAGGCUGUGUACAGUGACAAGCUGCAACAUUACAGCACAGGAAGAGAACUCUCUUUGCGAGCCGACAUGUCUAACUGCCCCUCCCCACUGGGCUGCCCGACCCACUUCUCAGGCUCUCCGGGAAUGAAAAUCUACAUUGACCCCUUCACCUACGAGGACCCCAAUGAAGCAGUGCGAGAAUUUGCCAAGGAAAUCGACGUCUCCACCGUCAAGAUAGAGGAGGUCAUUGGUGCAGGUGAAUUUGGAGAAGUAUAUAAGGGCCGUUUGAAGCUUCCAGGUAAGAGGGAGAUCUAUGUCGCCAUCAAGACCCUGAAGGCUGGCUAUGUGGAGAAACAGAGGCGAGACUUCCUGUCUGAGGCAUCAAUCAUGGGCCAGUUUGACCAUCCAAACAUAAUACGUCUGGAGGGUGUAGUCACAAAGAGCCGUCCAGUCAUGAUCCUGACAGAGUUUAUGGAGAAUGGUGCCCUUGACUCUUUCCUCAGGCAAAACGAUGGGCAGUUCACAGUGAUCCAGUUGGUGGGUAUGAUGCGUGGGAUCUCAGCAGGGAUGAAAUAUCUCUCUGAAAUGAAUUACGUUCAUCGUGACCUGGCAGCUCGAAACAUUCUAGUCAACAGCAACUUGGUGUGUAAAGUAUCGGACUUUGGCCUGUCGCGCUACCUACAGGAUGACACAUCUGAUCCCAGCUACACCAGCUCUCUGGGUGGGAAAAUACCGGUGAGGUGGACCGCACCAGAAGCCAUCGCUUACAGAAAGUUCACCUCAGCGAGUGACGUGUGGAGCUACGGCAUCGUAAUGUGGGAGGUGAUGUCAUUUGGAGAGAGGCCUUACUGGGACAUGUCUAACCAGGAUGUGAUCAAUGCUAUUGAACAGGACUACCGUUUGCCACCACCCAUGGACUGCCCCAGUGCCUUGCACCAGUUGAUGUUGGACUGCUGGCAGAAAGAUCGCAACGUACGCCCUCGCUUUGCAGACAUCGUUGGUACCUUGGACAAGAUGAUCCGUAACCCCACAAGCCUCAAAGCUGUAGCCAAUAUUCCUGCAGUGCCUUCCCAGCCACUGUUGGACAGAUCCAUACCUGACUUCAAUACAUUCAGUUCAGUAGAAGACUGGCUUGCUGCCAUCAAGAUGAACCAGUACAGAGACAACUUCCUCAACUCAGGCUUUACCUCCCUGCAGCUGGUGGCUCAGAUGACCUCAGAGGACUUACUGAGAAUAGGUGUGACCCUGGCAGGUCACCAGAAGAAGAUCCUGAGUAAUGUCCAGUCCAUGAGGGUGCAAUUGAGCCAAUCGCCUCCAACUGUAGCAUGACUACAGGGGGCGCUGUGCCAGGGAACGGGCAGCAUUCGUAGGACCAACAACAACAGCCCUCGAAUGACCCCCGAUCCAUCGGAACGCGCCAGAGUUGAGACUAUUGUUUUAAUCUAAUCCACUACCAUGGCAACACAGGAAACCAGGGUCUACACCACCACGGUUAACAUCUGUCAAAUUUCAUGUAAUCCAGGCAUUCAGGGUACAAACUUAGUACUGUUCCUCCAUCUACCACAAAAGGAAUUGUUGUCGUUAUGAACUACAUUCGUGUCAUUACGCUAACAAUCAGACAUCAACACAGGGAACUACUCACAAAUUCUGGCUGUGUGGUAUAAUGAGUGAUAUUGUAAUGUUGUAUUUAUCUGGACUAGAAAAUAUUACAAUUGUAAACACAAGUUUGAAACAUUAAGAAACCUGUAACCUGUGAUUUUACCAUACUGUUGUCAGUGUGUGCAAUGAAGAUGCCUUGAUCUGGCGAGAAAUAAGCCCCCGAGGAGGAAGCACCUACCAGUAGAAAUAAUUGGAGGACGUAUACAGGGAUGUACAGCGGAGCACCAUUUUCAACUUUCACACAAUCUUUGCUUGUUUGAAGAUUUUUAACAAUGUCUUGUAAAUGAACUAAUGAAAAUUCAGAGCUUAGUUAUAUUUUGUCUUCUACCAUCUGUUUAUUUGUUUUGUCACUAUAGCAAGACGCCGUCCACUUGUAUUUUAACUUUAACACUACCUGUGGAGGUUUAGUUGGAAGGCCUUGCCAAAGGACUUCUUAGUAGGCUCCACCCAGAUUCAGAGAAUAUGAAUAUGUUUAUCUCUUACUAAAUAUGAUUAUAUCUUUCACAAUGAACCUUCAUAUUGAAGGUGUUAUAUAUGAAUAUGUAUGUACAGAACUCUGCUUGCAUUUUUGGCAAAGAUAUGUUAAUUAGAUUGUGAUAGACACAUACAGUGUGUAGUUUCCUAUGAUGCCCUGGUUUCCUUUGGAAGACUGAUCAAUGGACAAUUGGCUGUACAUCUCCAUGUUCCUGGGGCACCAGGGGAAUUUUUGACUGAACCCUAACUGGAGAAAAUGUAAAAUUAAUCAUGGGUGAAGAAAUGUUAUUGUAGAUCUAUGUGAAUAUUGCUGUAGGAGUUAAAAUAAUUGAAAAACACAUCCACUUACUGGACAUCAUGUUAAAUGUGGGUGUACACAUGCUGUUACUUACUGGUGAGCACUUACAUGUACAGAUAUGUUUUAUGUUUCAUUUGCUUUUUGACUCAUUGUUUGUGUUUGGAGCGGUUCGCACCAUCCAGAGAAGAAUGAAGCCUCGUGCCUUGGCUGAUCCCAAACCCAUGACUGGGAACUCAAAAGAUUUACACACUUAUAAAACAGCCUACAGCCAGCACUUCAUAUACACAUAUCAACACACACAGAUUAAACACAAAGAAGAGUUGCUGUGGGCAGCCAGUGAGGAGGAAGACCGCAGGAAGUUGGACCUUUCCAAUAUAUAAAACACAGUCUCUCUCUGUGGUACACAGUUAAUGGGAGAGCUGAUUGUGAGUGUGCACAUCAUUGUUUGGAUGUGUGUUUUGUGAGACGUCUAUGUGUGCAGACUUUAAUGUGUGCACAGGUACAUUGUUUAGGAGUGUGAAUGGUUUCCUUCUUUUUCAUUAAUUUCUGUAUAGCUGCCACCUGUAAAUUGUGAAAAGUAUGUGUCAAAAGUUUGUAAGAUGUAACUUUCUGAGAAUUAUUGUACUAAAAUGCACUCAAUAAACGCCUUGGAAAACAAGUCAA